CUUUUUCUGGUUGUUUUGUUUUUCUAUAUCUAAUCACUCCUUCCAUGGAAUAUCGGUACUUGGGAUCCUCUGGUAUAAAGGUCAGUGCUAUUGGUUUAGGAACUUGGAUCACUUUUGCUGCUCAGAUCAAUUGUGAAACGGCAACGGAAUGUAUGCGCGUAGCUUUUGAAAAUGGUAUCAACUUUUUUGAUGUUGCUGAAUCACACUCUGGUGGACAAGCACAGAUCGAUAUGGGUAUAGCGUUCCGUAGACUUCAAUGGCGUCGAUCCGAAUUUGUAGUGGCGACCAAUAUUUAUUGGGGUGGCAAGGGACCAAACGAUAGAGGAUUAUCAAGGAAACAUAUUAUUGAAGGAUUAACAGCAUCAUUGAAACGAUUACAACUGGAUUAUGUGGAUAUCGUAUAUGGUCAACGACCUGAUCCAGAUACACCUAUGGAAGAAAUCGUACGCGCUUUUAGUUGGUGUAUUGAUAAAGGAAUGGCACUUUAUUGGGGUACAAGUGAAUGGCCUGCUCAUUUGGUGAUGGAAGCUAUCAAGGUUGCACAACAAUUGAAUUUGAUUGCCCCGGUGGUAGAGCAACCUCAAUAUAAUAUGUUUCAUCGGGAACGUGUAGAAAAGGAAUAUUUAUAUCUUGUUGACAAAUAUAAAAUUGGUAUGACAUCAUGGUCUCCAUUGGCAUCUGGCGUAUUGACAGGGAAAUAUAAUGAUGGCAAGAUUCCUUCUGAUGCACGAUUAGCUAUUCAAGAUCAUCCAGUUAUCAAUCGGCUACGAGCAGGCUUCUUCAGUGCAGAAGGACAUCGAAAAAUAGAAAAAGUACAACAAUUAGUGUUGAUAGCGAACAAACUUCAGGUAACCCCUUCGCAAUUAGCUAUUGCAUGGUGUUUGAAGAAUCCUAUGAUAUCAAGUGUAAUUACUGGUGCCUCCCGACCCUCUCAAGUAGAAGAUAAUGUCAAGGCUAUACAAUGUUUACCUCUCUUGACCAAGGAUGUGAUGCAUGAACUUGAUACGAUUCUUGGCAACAAACCAGAACCAGUCUUCAACUUUAGAUCAUCAUGAUAAAUGGACGAAAUUGGAUACCUUGGUUAGAUUGGAUCUACUAUUCUUAUUAUUCUUUUUUAUUAUGAUUCGUUAUAGUGAUAGAAAUACAUAUUAGUAUAGUACUAUUUCAGAUAUAAAUAAAAAAAAAUUCUUUUUUUUCCAUGA